AGUGCAUGCAGGAGAAAGUCGAGUCGGAAAAAUGCUGAGAGAAAUUGAUCAGCCAUACCAUGAAUUGCGACGACAGAUCUGCUGUAGUUAACUAUGGCAUGUGGGACCAGCUCAGGGUUGACCAUGGCAGGGAAUUUUAUAUGUCCCUAUACAUGCAAGAGAAGCUAUCAAGACACAGACACAACCUCAGCAGACAACCAUACCUCCAAACAACUUCGACAAGGAAUCUUAGAGUGGAAAGGAUUUGGCCUGAAGUGAACAAUCGGGUGAACUACCCAUUGAAACAGGCCCUGGUGCACCUGCUAGACCAAGAAGUCAUCAACAUGGAGGACAAUAUGACUAAAUUCUGCACUUCUAACCUGGUAUGCCAAUUAAGCCAAAUUGGAGUAAAUAGAGUAGUACAAUCAUGGAAUGCACACAGGAUCCCAGGCCGUGGAAUACCCAAUGAACUUGCAGCAACUGGAUGUCCAUCAAAAAUUUCAGGUGAGCUGCUGCCCCAUGCCCCUGUUGUGGCAAAUAUGUAUGAGCAGGAGUUGGGAUCAUCGCUGACUUGGAUGUCUACCUUUGGAACGGAUCCUUUUUCCUCUGAGGAGGACAGGAGUCAUGCAGAGCAGGACUUUGCAGAGAAUUAUCCAGACAUCUCUUCUUUUCAAUCAAACAGUAAAUAGUGAAUAUAGCCUUUUUCAGGAUGCAUUGCUUCACCUCAUAAAUGUAACCCAAAGAUAUGUAUGAAAAAGUGACAUCAAUUUAUUUAUUUUUUUUAUUUUUUAAAGCAGUGUAUUCUACAUGUAGAUAUCUACUGUGAAGUCUAUCAAAUCAGCCUGGGUAUACUAUUAAUGGAUAAAGUGUAUGCAUUUAUUUAGUUGCCACUACGCCCAAAUGUCAGUUGAAUAAACAGACAAGUCUAUUUUUCCAAGAACUCUGUUGUAUUUAACAUUUCAAGUUCAAACU